CCACCCUUGAUCACCCUGUCUUUGAUUGUGGGAAGUGCUCUGCAGAUGCAGAGACGCUGUUGGACGUCAGGUGGAUGGAGCUGGCCGUUCUCAGGCGUCGUCAUGCUGUCCUGGUAAAUGCUUACCCGGCGUGGUCGGCGGUGUGGAGCGUGAAUGCAUGCAGGUGGAUCGCCAGGGUUUCAUUUCCACCCCGACAGCUUCUUCUUCUUCGUUUAUCCUGAAGAAGACUUUGCCUAUCAUUUGAGUGGAUGAAGUCGGACAUCCUGGACCGGGAUAUUCCCGAUUUGAGCGCGCGAGUCGCUAGCUAAGGCAUGCAGCACCGUCCACUCAACCGCACAUACAUGAGGCAGCCCAACCGCCAGCCUUUCAUUUGUUGAUCCAAGAUAUCAUGAACACUGAGUCAAGACUCGCAUUAUGACAACCAUGCAGACAUCACUACAGAACUCUACAUCUCCCGAGGGGGUGCCCAUCACCUCCUCUUCAGCUGCGCUGCCACCAGCCUUGGUCGAUGAGGUUGCGCCUCUGGAGAAGCAUGGCUUCCUCUUUGGCCAGAAGCUCACAAACUCAUGGUCGCCAUUCCUACACGAUGUGAUAUACAGUCAUCUUGGUCUCAACUGGGGCCAGGUGCGGUUAGACUCUGCAGACAUGGAUCUGUUCCUGAAACUGAUCCAACACCCCAACUUUUAUGGCGCAUCCGUCACCAUGCCCAACAAAGUCGCCAUUGUGCCCCAUCUCCACAUCCUCACACAAGAGUGCCGCGACGUCGGCGCCUGCAACACCCUCUUCACCCGUCCGCAUCCCUCGGAUCCGUCCCGUCGCCUUCUCUGCGGCGCCAACACUGACGUCCUCGGCAUCAAGAACAGCUUCAUCUACAACGUGCCCCAACCCGAGCAGGUCUACCACAACAAACCUGCCCUCGUCAUCGGGGGAGGCGGUGCCGCGAGGAGCGCAGUGUAUGCGCUGCGCAAGUUCCUCCAGGUCACAGACAUUUACCUCGUCAACCGAGAAGCGAGCGAGGUGGAGGCUGUGAUCAGAGACUGCAAGGCGCGAGGAUACGGCCAAGGCCUGGUCCACGUGUCGACAGAAGCCCAGGCGAGGGAACUACCAAACCCAGGCGCCAUCGUCGCCUGCGUGCCAGACUUCCCGCCGACCACACCGGAGGAAAUCCUUGCGCGCUCCAUCACGACCAUCUUCCUCUCCAAGUACGCGUCCGCCAAGGGCGCCAUGCUGGAAAUGUGCUACAACCCGACGCCGUUUACAGAACUGGGCAAGCUGGCUGAGGGCAUGGGGUGGCAGGUGAUUUUGGGCACAGAGGCAUUGAUAUGGCAGGGUCUUGAGCAGGAUAGGUAUUGGACAGGGCGGGAACUGAGUGACUUGCCUGUCGAGGACGUCAAGGCUGCUAUUGCGGAUAAGGUCGCGGCCAGGAUGGCGAAACUGUGAUGAGAAAUGAAGCUCUAAAUGAAACAUACGAGAGACAAUAUAUGACAUUAUACUCG